UUUGAGUGAUUUGAUUUCCCUGGCAAACGUUUUCAGGCGUUCCUAGAUACACAUGUUAUAAAUAACUGAAUGGGCUGUGCCACGUCACCGGAGCACAGCAAUUUUGGAAAACAAGAUCUGGUCUAAAUCUCAAUAUGUUCCGUGAGCAACACGUUGUGCUCACCUUCGCCACCCUUGCUAUCACGGGGACAGCUGCAUUAAUAUGGUGGUGGCGUUUCCAACUAAAAAAACGCAGAGCCAAGAGAGAAGCUUUGAUGGCUUUAGCUGUCCAUGAAGAGAACCAGAGUAAAAAAUCUCAAUCAAAAGAGAAGGACAAGGAGACAGUUCCCAAUGACAGCACCAGGGAGGGGAUGGCGUCACAAGACAUCUACAGCAAGACGAGCAAGGGCGGCUACCGAUCGGUCCACUUCAGAACUGUCAAAUCAGUUUCUGAAGUUCAAGAAGUCAUCGCACAUUCCUGGAACGACUUGGGCACGCCACAGCGGACGGUAGUAUCGUGGAUGAAGGAGGAGACAACAAGCUGGUCACGCGUAUAUGGCCGAUGAACAUCCAUGUGAACCCUUCGCCAUUUUCUUUUCGCCAGCGUUGAAAACCAAAGUGCUAUUUUUGCCGUCACAAAUUCUCUCGCUGCUGUAACUGCUGACACUGGCAUCGGUUGAUACGGCGUUAGAUCUUCGUGCUAGAUAAUAUGACAAAAAUAUAUAAUUCUUUGUGUAAUUGCGUGAUACAUAUUGUAUCGUCUUUGUGAAGUGCUGUUUCUGUUAAUCUGUGUAACUGGUGUAAAUUUUGUCUUAUAUGUUUGUAAAUUAAAAUAUUACUUUUUUGUUA